CGGGCGGAGCGCGCGCGCUGUGCUGUUUGCUCACGCCGGGACCUAGGAUAUCUGAGAGGCGCGCGAUGCUGGCGACGCUGGCGAGGGUCGCGGCUGUGCGGAGAGCCCGCCUUCUCUUCGGCGCGGGCGGCGGGAGGGGUUUGUGGACCGGCCGCCCGCAGUCAGAUACUGACAAUGUGAAGCCAUUGGAGGGUGUAAAAAUUCUGGAUCUAACAAGAGUACUGGCGGGACCUUUUGCUACUAUGAAUUUAGGAGAUCUUGGAGCAGAAGUUAUAAAAGUGGAAAGACCAGGAGCUGGUGAUGAUACACGAACUUGGGGGCCACCUUUUGUGGGGACAGAAAGUACUUAUUUUCUCAGUGUUAAUCGAAAUAAAAAAAGUAUAGCUGUUAAUAUCAAGGAUCCAAAAGGGGUGAAAAUCAUCAAAGAGCUUGCAGCUGUUUGUGAUGUAUUUGUGGAAAACUAUGUCCCUGGCAAACUGUCUGCAGUGGGCCUGGGAUAUGAAGAUGUAGACAAGAUUGCUCCUCACAUCAUCUACUGCUCCAUCACAGGGUAUGGUCAGACAGGUCCACUGUCUCAGCGAGCUGGUUAUGAUGCUGUUGCCUCUGCUGUUUCUGGUCUGAUGCAUAUCACAGGGCCUGAGGAUGGAGAUCCGGUUCGUCCAGGAGUGGCCAUGACUGAUCUCGCUACUGGCCUCUAUGCCUAUGGAGCCAUUAUGGCUGGAUUGAUACGAAGAUAUAAAACGGGAAAAGGACUGUUCAUUGACUGUAACCUACUGUCAUCUCAGGUGGCAUGUUUGACCCAGGUAGCUGCUAAUUAUCUUAUUGGCCAAAAGGAAGCGAAACGUUGGGGCACAGCUCAUGGCAGUAUUGUUCCUUACCAGGCUUUUAAAACCAAGGAUGGAUAUCUUGUGGUUGGAGCAGGAAAUAAUCAACAGUUUGCUACUGUGUGCAAGAUCUUGAAUUUGCCUGAACUGGUUGAUGACUCCAAGUAUAAAACUAACCACCUUCGUGUACAGAAUAGAAAAGAGCUUAUCAAAAUACUAUCUGCACGGUUUGAAAAAGAAAUGACCAGCAAGUGGUUAUACCUCUUUGAAGGCAGCGGGGUUGCAUACGGUCCAAUCAACGACAUGAAGAAUGUAUUUACAGAACCCCAGUACUUUAGUCAUUUUUCAAAUGGAGAAGAUUGAUGUUACCUAAACCAAGAUAUCAACUUUUGCUACUACCCCAGGAGUCUCUGAAAAUUGCCUUCUUAUCCACCAAAAAGUAGAUCCUGUUACCAUUCUGACAUCAAAGAUUCUUAAUCAUCCAGUGAUAAUUACUGACAAUUGUACUCUAUCUGCAAGAAUAGAGUUGGUCUCUUUUAGAUAUAAUUUCAUUCUUUGCAGUUUAAAUACCAAAUGUAUACAAAAUUUAUCUGGAGUUUUAGAAAUUUAGAGAGCAAUGUAUUACUGUUACAUUUUAAAAAUUAGCGCGGACGACUCAGGCAAUUAUAUGUAGGACUGUUUGGCAUGAGAGGUAAGGACAUUUGGCUCUUUUAAAAAGAAUUCCCUAUCAUUUUGAGUUUUGAAAGGAAUGUAAAAUGUGAAGAAAUCAGGGAGUUGUGUUUUAGGACUACUUUAAAAAGUUCCUCCGACAAACCUUUAUUUUACUAACAUACCCAGGGCUAGGGAUUUAGCAUGAAUUUAGUAAUUCUCUUCCUUUCUGAACAAAUAAAUUUAAAAUCGACUUAGCAGAUACACAGUAAAUGUUGUUGAUGUAUGAAUCAGUGAAUGAAUGAGUUGGUUAACUCUGCCAAGCAGAGGUUUUCCAAGUGAUCAAGGGGCUGUUGUGCACCCCUGGGUGGGGCUGACAGCGUCUCUCUAUAGCCUUUGUUUGGAAAGUGCUGCAUAAUGGUUAAGACCACGGAGUCAGAAUUGUUGGGCAGUUCUAGAAACUUACUGAGCUUUAGUUUUCUUAACUGUGAAGUGGUGUAAUAGGUUCUUUUCUCUAUAUUGUCAUGUUACAUGAGAUAAUGUUUAUCAAGGGCAGUAGGGAUUGCCAGAGGUAAAGGCUCAAGACACAGUAUUAGCUCUGAUUACGAUGGUACCCUUUAAAGUAAUAUUUUUGUUAAAAAACACCUUCUUCGGUGGAGACCUUUGUUAAAGGUUUUAUUUUUGUUAAAAGACCACCUUUGGUGGAUACAAACAAAUUCAGUGUGGCUGUGGGGAUGGGGAUCCCUAGCUUAAAAAUCAAGCUGUAAUAUUCUUUUAAGGAAAGGCAUCUGCAAACUCCGUGCCAAGAACUUCUGAACCCUUCAUCAUUUCUGAUUGCUGAAACUCCUCUUAUAUUUUAUUUUGCGUAAAAGUAUCAUUUCCGUUUAAGGUGUCCUCCCUUGUUUUUCCCCCGAUGAGCUGUAGACUUUCUUGGCCCCCAGGGUGCGUGGAACCGGCCACUUGUGCUCAGAUGUGGGACCGCGCCACUGGCGCCCCUGGCUGGCUCUCCACGCGCCCCGUGCCAGCACAGCUGCUAGCUCAACUGAAAACUGAUUUGGGUGAAGUACAAGGUCUGGAACAUGGUGCCGGAAGUGAGGCUUUGAUGAAGUGAAGAGGGGUAUGUCUAACCAAAAAGAAAAAAAAAAAGUCAGAAGCAUCAAAGCACAGGAGAGGAUUUUCUGGGGGCCUGCUUAUCAAGUGGACCAUUCACAUCUCAUCUGUGGUUUGAGCUUAGUAGAUAACAAAAAUGUUCUUGAUGGUAGAAACUAUUUCAAACCUAAAUACUUUUAUCAUGGCCUCAUGUUCUGAGGAAACUUGAUUUUUUUUUUUGACUCAGCUGAAAGAGCAGAUGAUUUUUCCCCCCUUGGGUAAAUGCAAGGUUGCCUACCUUUCAGCCUCUGAUUAUCUGCUGCAGACAUUGCCCAGUUGAAGGAAUCCUCCAAGCAUCCCCUGUUAAGGCAGUCAAGAAUACUGUGAGGGUUUUGGUCUGUAUUUAUAGAUCGCUUAGAGAAAUUUUGAUCCAAAAGCCUUUUAGUGGUAGUUUUAUUGUUUUUCUCCCUCGGUGAUGAAUUAUCUGUGGAAAACUCUGUGUAUACUAUAGAAGUGUAAUAUGGAUUAUCUGCAUAUAGAUUUCAAGAGUCAUUUUUUUAAGUGCUUUCUUAAAAUAUCUUUUUUAAAUCAGGCCAAGAUUGUGCAGUACAUUAAAGGAAUUCUUAAAAAGUUUAAAAAACUUGCUAGAUGACCUCAGUAUGGUCCUAUUUAACAUACCCUGGGGAACAUGUGCAUGAAAUACAUUGUGGUUUGAGGUUUUCCAACCCAAACAAACUUAAAAGAAAAUGCAGCUUUUAAUAGAAACUAUGCAGAUUCCUGCAAAAAUAGGUAUGGAUCCCACCACAGAGAGCAUUUAACAGCAUCAUUAUCUACCAUGAGAAUCAAAAGAGAUUGUGUUAUCCUGUUUUUUUUUUUUUGUAUUUUGCUUAAGACCGUGUAUUUGGCGAUUCUAAGUGUAUUUUUUGAACUGUGCAAUUAAAAAAUAUAUAGAUAUGGAUGACCAAAUCUGUGGUUGAUUUUUUUUUUUCUCCUUGAUGCCAUGACCCAUGGGUGGGGAAGAGAGGGCAAUGGGUGUUGCCAAGCUGGUGUUAUUUAACAGAGCCUUCACAUUUCUACCACACAAGUUGAAUCCAUCAGGUGUAAGACAUCACCCCGAAGCAUCACUUCUGAGAACUAUGGGGAGGGAAGUAUCAGAACUGAAAUAUCACAGCUGGCCCUGAUUUUAGCUGGUGCCAAACACCUGCAGGCUAAAAGGAUACCAAAACAAAACCCCACCCCGUGGCAGCAAGCCAUCCCUUAACAACCCUUCCUUAACUUUGUAUCACCAUCAAAAUUAAUUUAAUAUUUUCUACAGAAACCUUCUUCUUCCUGUCCCAGAAGGCCAUUACAAGUCCUUUAACAAAUCUUUUCGUAUGGGAUAAAUAGGUCAUAGAAGCAAGCAGAGCGAAGUAUUGAAAUAUUUGAUAGCUUAAAAUUAUCUGUUGUUUUCAUAUCAUUAUUUGUGGAAGCCUGUGAAGUUGGAGGUUUUAUUAAUCUCUAGGCUAGCUCAUAUUCUCAAAGCGAUUUGGUUUUUUUAGCACAUCUGGCAAACUAUCUGAGCAUCUGGGAAAAAAAAAAGCUUUCAAUAUUCAUAUAGUAAGUGUCAGAAGCACCCCAAAAUACAAAGCUGUUUUUCAAGCCCUUUCUACACUCAUGCAUGCACGCACUUCUGCACACGCACAUGUACACACUCACACACACACACACGCAUUGUUGAUGCAUUUUAAAGAUUGCCUUCUCCAUGACACUAGCUAAUAUUUAUUGAAAUGCAGUUCUAUAGUCCAGGAGGGCUUACGCACCUCAAUCACAAUUAUAUCCUUGUC